AUGGAUCUCGAUAGACAGACGACUGAAGAGCUCAUGAAUGAGUACGGUAAAAUGGGAAGAGUAGAGGAAGAAGGAGGAAAGAAAAGUUGGCUAGAUGACUCGUUAUUUCCAUCUGAUUUUAUUGAGCUUGGAAGGUCUAAUCAUUUAUCUGAUAAAAAUGUAUAUGAUGAUGACGAAGCAUUCAAUAAGUUAUUCAAUCGUUCGCCUACCAAGAGACGUACGGAUCCGAUAUAUAAGUCUCAAUUCUCGAGGGAUGUGAGUCCAAUCAAGUAUAAGUCAUCAUUUGAUGACCUUAGUAUAUACAGUGAUUUCAAUAAAGAGAAUGAUACAAUUGAUAAAGAAUUAAAGAAAUAUAUUGGGAAAACUUCAGUGUUAGAAGAAGAGAAUAAAACGGAGUUGAUUAUACAGGAAACUCAUUAUCUUGUGAAUAACGUUCCCAGUAAUAUAAUGAAUAAUAAAGAAGGAGAGAAUUAUCAGAAAUUACUUGCAUCAUCAAUAAAUAAAUUGGUAAAACAAUUGGAGAUUACCAAAAUUGAAAAUAAUGAAUUGAAGAAGAAACAAGAAAAUAUUUCGAAUUUAAAAGAUCAAGUUUACAAAUUAGAAAAUAAUUUAAAAGACUUUCGUAAUACCAAUGAAAAUUUACGGAAACAAUUAAAUGAAAGAAUAAUUAAAACCAACCAGAAUGUAUCUUCAAAUAAAGAAUGUGAAUUACUUCGAAAAAAAUUAAUAAAAUAUAAGAAUUUAUAUGAUGAAAAGGUAAUUGAAGUGAAUGAAUUAAAGAAAGUUAAUAUUAAAAGUGAAAUUAAAAAUGAUGAGAAAGAAUCAUCUAAUUCAAAUUUAAAGAAAAUUAUAAUUGAGAUAUUGAAGGAGAAUGGAUUGGAUAAAAGAAACCAAACUAAUGAUUAUAAUAAUGAUAAGGAAAGUCAUAAAGAAGAAUUGCAAAAAGAUAUCGAAUUACCAAUUAAAAAUGAUAAACAAAAUGAUCAAAGUUCUAUUGAUAAAAUAUUUGAAACAAUAUCAAAGAAUCAAGAAUUACGAGCUAAAUUUACUAAAUUACUUGAGGAAAUUCCACCCAACAAGAAUUCUAUAAAAGGUGGAAAAUUAACAAAUAAUGAUAAUGACAUUGUAGUGAAAUGUUAUGUUUGUUAUCCAGACCUGAGGGAGUCCAAGAAUCAAGAAACUUGCAAGCAAUGUUCAACAAAAGAGGGAGAAGAAGUAGUCAAGGAUAGAAAUGAUACUAUGAAUAUGAUGGGAGAAUAUAAAUGGACAUUAUAG